CAUGCGCUUCCCCGGUGCGCGGGCUGCAGCUGUCCCGCGCGCGCCCCGCACCUCCCGCAGCCCCGCACGCACCCGCCGCGCGCCGCCCCGCGGGCACAGCGAGGCAGAUGAAGUACAUCCUGGUCACGGGCGGGGUGAUCUCGGGCAUCGGCAAGGGGAUCAUCGCCAGCAGCAUCGGAACCAUCCUCAAGUCCUGCGGGCUGCAUGUCACCUCCAUCAAGAUCGACCCCUACAUCAACAUCGACGCUGGCACCUUCUCCCCGUACGAGCACGGGGAGGUGUUUGUGCUGGAUGAUGGAGGGGAAGUGGACCUGGACCUCGGGAACUAUGAACGGUUCCUUGAUAUCCGACUCACCAAAGACAACAACCUGACCACUGGGAAGAUCUACCAGUAUGUCAUCAACAAGGAGAGGAAAGGAGAUUAUCUUGGCAAAACUGUCCAAGUUGUUCCCCACAUCACAGAUGCUAUACAAGAAUGGGUGAUGAGGCAGGCACGGAUUCCUGUAGAUGAAGAUGGCAUUGAACCCCAAGUUUGUGUGAUUGAGCUUGGUGGGACAGUAGGUGAUAUUGAGAGCAUGCCUUUUAUUGAAGCUUUUCGCCAGUUCCAGUUCAAAGCCAAAAGAGAGAAUUUUUGUAACAUCCAUGUCAGUCUAGUUCCCCAGCCAAGCUCUACAGGAGAGCAGAAGACUAAACCCACCCAAAACAGUGUUCGUGAGCUCAGAGGUCUUGGUCUCUCACCAGAUCUGAUUGUUUGCAGGUGCUCCACUCCACUGGAUACCUCAGUAAAAGAAAAGAUUUCCAUGUUCUGUCAUGUUGAACCAGAACAGGUAAUCUGUGUUCAUGAUGUCUCCUCCAUCUACCGGGUUCCUCUGCUGCUAGAGGAGCAAGGAGUUGUUGACUACUUCAGACACAGGCUUGACCUUCCCAUUGAGAGGCAGCCCAGGAGGAUGCUCAUGAAGUGGAAGGAAAUGGCUGACAGGUAUGACCGUCUCCUUGAAACAUGUUCCAUUGCACUUGUUGGCAAAUACACCAAGUUUUCAGAUUCCUAUGCCUCUGUCAUUAAAGCACUGGAGCAUUCUGCACUGGCCAUCAACCACAAACUUGACAUAAAGUACAUUGACUCGGCUGACUUGGAGCCUGAUACUCUGCAGGAAGAACCUGUCCGGUACCAUGAAGCGUGGCAGAAGCUCUGUGGUGCUGAUGGAGUUCUUGUUCCUGGUGGAUUUGGUGUUCGAGGGACAGAAGGCAAAAUUCAAGCUAUUUCCUGGGCAAGAAAACAGAAAAAACCCUUCUUAGGAGUUUGUUUGGGAAUGCAGUUGGCAGUUGUGGAAUUUGCACGCAGUGUUCUUGGUUGGCAAGAUGCCAACUCGAUGGAAUUUGACCCCAAAACUUCUCAUCCUGUGGUUAUAGACAUGCCAGAACAUAAUCCUGGGCAAAUGGGUGGCACCAUGAGGCUUGGCAAGAGAAGAACACUCUUCCAAACCAAGAAUUCAAUCAUGAGGAAGCUGUAUGGGGAUCAUGAUUUCUUGGAAGAGAGGCACAGACACAGAUUUGAGGUCAAUCCAGAAUUGAAAAAGUAUUUUGAAGAGCAAGGUUUGAAGUUUGUAGGCCAGGAUGAGGAGGGAGAACGAAUGGAAGUGGUCGAGUUGGAAGAGCAUCCUUUCUUCGUUGGGGUUCAGUAUCACCCUGAAUUCCUUUCUAGACCAAUUAAGCCAUCUCCCCCAUACUUUGGCCUCCUCUUAGCAUCUGCAGGAAGACUCACACAUUACCUACAAAAGGGCUGCAGACUCUCACCCAGGGACACAUACAGUGACAGAAGUGGCAGCAGCUCACCUGACUUGGAGAUAACAGAGCUGAAGUUUCCAUCAGUAAAUCAUGACUGAUUCCUGAUGUGUCUUCACUGAAGAGAAAAGAGUCAUUAAAUUUUCCAGGCAUUCUUAAAGCAAUAGCUUGAACACUGUCAGCUUUGGGCUUUCUUAAGUUAUGGUUUUAUAAUUUUCAUUAUGAAAUCCUGUUCUUUUAUUUCCUCAGUUGUUCUGUCUUGUUUAUUUGUGUAGAUUCUGUUUCUUUCUGGAGGAGAGCUCCACACAGCACAUGCACCUAGAUUUUCUACAGUUAGCACCAUCUGGGAGAGAAAAAGCAAAUUUGGGUUGGGAUUUGAUGUGUUGGUAAGGAUCCAGGUGCACACUUCCUUACUAACUCACUGGCCUGAGUGUAUCUUGGACACUGACAGCUGAGUUGCUUUCUCCUGCCAUUCUGCUCCCUCAACAGCCUUUCCUACUGGUGAAAUUAGGUGGAUAACAUGAAGAAAUUAGAUUUUUGGAGGCUCUCUUGGUUUUUGAGCUAUGCACAGAAUAGGUCUGUUUGGCUUUAUGCAGUCUUUUUUAAUGGGGGAGGGAGGAGCACAGAUACAAGACGUUCAGGUUUUUUUUUCAGUAGUAUUUAAAAACAUUUGGCACUGGUGGUCUUCGUGCAUUCAUUGCUGGCAAUGAACUUUUAAUCAGGGAAAUACUCCUGAUACAGCAGAGUUGAUCUGGAACAUGGUCAGGUCUGUGAUACAGCACUGCAGGGAUGCAUUAACUUGAGUCAUGUUGGGGAGGGCAAACAAAACCACAAAACUGUCAGGCCCAUGGCUUCCUGAAACAUGGUACAACCCUUCAUCCUUUCUUUGCCAGUGUUUGCUGGUGCUGUUUCUUGGGCUGGGAAAUUUCAACUCCUUGCAUCAAGGGGGAAGUACAAAAAAAGACAGUGAAGUGCUUUCAGAUGUUGCCUUUACAGCUCCCGUUGUGAUUUGCCUUGGACUGAACAGUUCAUGGUGCUUUUUUUUUGCUGUUGAUGGGAAGCAGAGCCUUCUGUUGCCUUUUUUUCCACAGGGGAGCUGCAGGUCCCACCCUCAAUGCAAUUCACAAGUGCAGGUUCCCAAGGGAGGGAGCUCACAAUUUGCCCUCAGUGUUACUCUUUAGCUGUUAGCUGUGUGCAGGUGAUCAGCUCAGCUUUGCAGUUCUGAGGUGGGGAAAUGCAUUCACCUUUUCUGUUUUCCUGCCUCUGGCUGCAGUGUAAGUGACACAGGUUUUGGCCUCUGGUAAAUGAGAAGUGUCCCAUUUGGCUGAAGUGGAUCUUCAGAAUUCUUCAGUUCAUUUAAACUGGGAGAAUCCUUCAUGUCUUGAGCCUGGCUGAGUAUUAAUCAUGUAUCUGAUGCCAAACUUUCCUGUCUCGUCUGAACUGAUCUUUUCUGCAUCCUCUCUUGCUUUAUUCCUCAGUUUCUUUAAAUGCACACUAUAAAUAUAAAGCUGCUUUUAGCUGGGAAAGCACUGAGCAUUCUUUGUGUGUGCCAGUUGUAACAGUGCUGCAAAAAUGAUCAACCAAGUCAGGAUGCUCUGUACUGAACAAACACUGGCCAUGAAGUGGCAGGUGCUCAGCAGUGUGAGGUCAUUACUUCCUUUUCUUUCUCCUGAACUGUUUUUCUUUUGGCCAAAACUGUGCAACUGACUCAGCCAUUUGUAAUAAAAUUAGUA